AUGUCUCAGCUUCCUCCGCCGCCUCCCCCCGGCUGGGGCCCCCCUCCUCCCCCUCCUCCCGACUCGGCCAUGCCUCCUCCGCCUUCCCAGCUGCCUCCCCCUCCUGGCGCGCCACCACCACCUCCUCCACCCGGUUUCCGACCAAGCGCGGACCCCCAUACCGCAAAAUUUGAGCAGAAGAAGAAGGAAUGGCUUCGACUGCAACGGAAUCGUUUUGGCGAGAAGCGCAAGGGUGGGUUCGUGGAGACGCAGAAGGCUGACAUGCCUCCCGAGCAUCUCCGGAAGAUCGUCAAAGACAUCGGCGACGUGUCACAGAAGAAAUACACCGCCGACAAGAGGAGUUACCUGGGUGCCCUGAAGUUCAUGCCCCAUGCUGUCAUGAAGCUGUUGGAAAACAUGCCGAUGCCUUGGGAAUCCGCGAGAGAAGUGAAGGUUCUCUACCAUGUCAACGGGUGCUUGACGCUUGUCAACGAGAUACCCCGGGUCAUCGAACCUGUCUUCGUUGCACAGUGGGGUGCGAUGUGGGUGAUCAUGCGAAAAGAGAAGAGUGACCGGCGCCUGUUCAAGCGGAUGCGAUUCCCACCUUUCGAUGACGAGGAGCCUCCUCUGUCGUGGUCCGAAAACCUCGAAGACGUCGAUCCCUUGGAGCCUGUCCAGAUGGAGUUGGACGAAGACGACGAUGAGGCCAUCCAGGAAUGGUUCUAUGACCACAGGCCACUCGAUGACACGCCUCACGUGAACGGCCCUAGCUACAAGACGUGGAACCUUACAUUACAACAGAUGGCCAAUUUGUAUCGUCUCAGUCGGCCUCUCAUAUCAGAUGUCUUCGACAAGAACUACUUCUACCUCUUCGAACUGAAGAGCUUGUUGUCGGCAAAGGCCCUGAAUGUUGCCCUUCCUGGUGGUCCGCGGUUUGAGCCCUUAUACAAGGACAUCGAUCCCAAUGACGAGGACUUUGGCGAGUUCAACGCGAUUGAUCGAAUCAUCUUCAGAAACCCCGUCCGCACCGAGGACAGGGUCGCAUUUCCUUUCCUGUACAAUUCUUUGCCGCGAAGCGUUCAUCUAUCAUGGCACUCUCAUCCUCAGACAGUCUAUAGCAGGACGGAUGACCCGAGCUUGCCCGCAUUUUACUUCGACAAGUCCAUCAACCCAAUCUCAUCGCGUGAUGUCGCUCCCAAGAAUCUCAGCAUCACCCACGAGGAUGAGCUCUUUGGGAAGGGCAAUAUCGAAGAGGACGAGGAAGAGGCCUUCACCCUUCCGGCUGGAGUGGAACCAUUCCUAGCUGACGAGGACCUUUACAACGAUGACACUGCCUCAGCGAUUGAGCUGUGGUGGGCCCCGUUCCCCUUCGACCGUCGCUCAGGCCGCAUGGUUCGGGCGCAAGAUGUCCCACUAAUCAAGCAGUGGUAUCUUGAGCACUGCCCGCCGAAGCAGCCUGUCAAGGUUCGAGUGUCAUACCAAAAGAUGCUGAAGACCUAUGUCCUGAAUGAACUCCACAAAAAGAAGCCGAAAGCGCUCCAAAGGCAGAACCUGCUUAGGACGCUCAAGGCUACCAAGUUCUUCCAGCAGACAACCAUCGACUGGGUUGAAGCAGGUCUUCAGGUCUGCCGGCAGGGCUUCAACAUGCUCAAUCUCCUCAUCCACCGCAAGAACCUCACCUAUCUCCAUCUGGACUACAACUUCAACCUGAAGCCUGUCAAGACCCUUACAACGAAGGAGCGGAAGAAGUCUCGUUUUGGCAAUGCGUUCCAUCUCAUGCGUGAGAUCCUGCGUCUGACAAAACUCAUUGUGGAUGCUCAAGUGCAGUACCGUCUGGGCAACAUUGAUGCCUUCCAGCUCGCCGAUGGUAUUCUUUACGCCUUCAAUCACGUUGGUCAACUCACAGGAAUGUACCGCUACAAGUACAAGCUGAUGCACCAAAUUCGAACUUGCAAAGAUUUGAAGCAUCUGAUCUAUUACCGCUUCAAUGCUGGGCCGGUCGGCAAGGGGCCUGGUUGUGGUUUCUGGGCCCCGGCCUGGAGAGUCUGGCUCUUUUUCAUGCGCGGAAUCAUCCCUCUGCUCGAGCGCUGGCUAGGAAACCUGCUGUCGCGUCAAUUUGAGGGUCGUCACUCCAAGGGCGUCGCCAAGACAGUGACGAAGCAGCGUGUUGAGUCUCACUUUGAUCUGGAGCUCCGAGCAUCCGUCAUGGCAGACCUCAUGGAUAUGAUGCCUGAAGGCAUCAAGCAGAACAAGGUGAACACGGUGCUGCAACAUCUUUCCGAGGCAUGGAGAUGCUGGAAGAGCAACAUUCCAUGGAAGGUUCCUGGCUUACCCGCCGCCAUCGAGAACAUCAUCUUGCGAUAUGUCAAGUCGAAGGCGGACUGGUGGAUUUCGGUGGCGCAUUACAAUCGUGAGCGGAUCAGGAGAGGUGCUACAGUCGACAAGACAGUUGCCAAGAAGAACGUUGGCCGUCUCACACGUCUCUGGCUCAAGGCUGAGCAGGAACGGCAACACAACCACAUGAAGGAUGGUCCUUACGUCUCUUCUGAGGAAGCCGUUGCGAUUUACACAACUAUGGUGCACUGGUUGGAAUCGCGCAAGUUCUCUCCCAUUCCGUUCCCAAGCGUCUCCUACAAGCAUGACACCAAGAUCCUGAUUUUGGCUCUCGAACGACUACGUGAGGCAUAUUCCACUAAGGGUCGUCUCAACCAGAGCCAACGCGAAGAACUGGCUCUCAUUGAGCAGGCUUAUGAUAGCCCUGGCACGACUUUGGAACGCAUCAAGCGGUUCUUGCUCACUCAGAGAGCUUUCAAGGAGGUCGGCAUCGACAUGAACGACAAUUACAGCACGAUCAAUCCUGUCUAUGAUAUUGAGCCCAUCGAGAAGAUCAGCGACGCGUAUCUAGACCAAUACCUCUGGUAUCAGGCAGACCAGCGGCAUUUGUUCCCCGCGUGGAUCAAGCCAUCAGAUUCAGAAGUGCCACCCCUUCUGACUUACAAGUGGGCCCAAGGCAUCAACAAUCUGCAGAAUGUUUGGGUUACCGAGGAUGGAGAGUGUAACGUCAUGAUCGAGACGCAACUGUCCAAGAUCUAUGAGAAGAUCGAACUGACCCUUCUCAACUCUCUCCUUCGGCUGAUCAUGGAUCACAAUCUGGCAGACUACAUCACCGCAAAGAACAACGUCACGCUGACCUACAAGGAUAUGAACCACGUAAACAGCUACGGCAUGAUUCGUGGUCUUCAGUUCUCCGCAUUUGUCUUCCAGUACUACGGCCUGGUUCUCGACUUGUUGCUCUUGGGGCCUCAGCGGGCGACCGAGAUUGCCGGUCCUCCUCAAAAGCCCAAUGACUUCCUUCAGUUCAGUGAUCGUGAGACUGAGACGAAGCAUCCCAUCCGCCUCUACACCCGCUACAUUGACAAGAUCUGGAUGUUCUUGAGAUUCACAGCUGACGAGUCGAGGGAUCUGAUCCAGAGAUUCUUGACCGAACAGCCUGAUCCCAACUUUGAGAACGUUAUCGGGUAUAAGAGCAAGAAGUGCUGGCCGAAAGACUCGCGUAUGAGACUAAUGAGGCACGACGUCAACCUCGGGCGAGCUGUUUUCUGGGAUCUGAAGAACCGACUGCCACGCUCUAUCACCACCAUCGAAUGGGAUGAGACAUUUGCUAGUGUCUACAGCCGAGACAAUCCCAAUCUGCUCUUUUCAAUGUCUGGGUUCGAGGUUCGAAUCUUGCCAAAGAUCCGGAAUCAGAACGAAGAGUUCCCAGUCAAGGACAGCGUCUGGUCCUUGGUCGACAAUGAAAGCAAGGAGAGAACAGCACACGCCUUCUUGCAGGUGACUGAGGAAGAUGUCCAGAAGUUCAACAACCGAAUCAGGCAGAUACUCAUGUCUUCUGGAUCCACAACUUUCACCAAGAUUGCCAACAAGUGGAACACCGCACUCAUCGCUUUGUUCACUUAUUAUCGCGAGGCAGCGGUGUCGACGAUUACCCUUCUCGACACCAUCGUCAAGUGCGAGACCAAGAUUCAGACGAGAGUCAAGAUCGGCCUAAAUUCGAAGAUGCCUUCUCGAUUCCCGCCAGCUGUCUUCUACACGCCGAAGGAACUCGGAGGUCUUGGUAUGAUUUCGGGAUCACACAUCCUGAUUCCAGCAAGCGACAAGCGAUGGUCUAAGCAGACGGACACAGGAGUGAGCCACUUCAGAGCAGGAAUGACCCACGAUGAGGAAACCUUGAUCCCCAACAUCUUCAGGUACAUCAUCCCCUGGGAGUCAGAGUUCAUUGAUUCCCAGAGAGUGUGGACAGAGUAUUCUCAGAAGCGACUCGAAGCCAACCAACAAAACCGUCGUCUGACCUUGGAAGACCUCGAAGACAGCUGGGACCGUGGUCUGCCGCGUAUCAACACACUCUUCCAAAAGGACAGAAGCACACUGAGUUUCGACAAAGGAUUCCGCGCGAGGGAAAUUUUCAAGCAGUUCCAGCAGAUGAAACAGAAUCCAUUCUGGUGGACAUCUGCCCGGCAUGAUGGAAAAUUGUGGAAUUUGAACGCAUACCGCACUGAUGUGAUCCAAGCUCUUGGAGGUGUCGAGACGAUCCUGGAGCACACUCUUUUCAAAGCAACAGGUUUCGCUAGCUGGGAAGGGCUCUUCUGGGAGAAGGCCUGCCUAGCCAAAGGAACCCGACUGGCUCUCUACGACGGCUCUGAAAUCAAAGUUGAAGAUGUCAAGAAGGGCGACCUCCUCCUUGGACCCGACGGAGGUACACGCAAAGCUUUCAACAUCGUCAGCGGCAAGGAACGUCUAUACCGCAUCAAAGUUGGCCGCAGCAAGGACGUUCUUCGUGUGACGCCCAACCAUAUCUUGGCCUUGCAUAAGGCCAAAACGCACCAUGACAAUUACCAUGGACCAUCAGCGGAUGAUCAACGCCAGGCUUUUGAAGAUCGACUCGGACCUCUACCUAUGCUUGACUCUGAAGCCGGUGACACUACGCGUCCCCAUUAUAAGACCCAUGUGGUGCCUGAUUUUUUGAGCGCGCUCAAAAAAUCUGUUCGCUGGAUGCUCGAUUUCGAGCAUAGCGACCAGGGUCGACGUCGACUGCGGAACUUUUUCAACGGCACAACGGCAAUCAGACAACACUUCGGUCAUUUCAGCCUUGACAUACCCAAUGGCAAAAACGACAUCCGCGAGUGGUACACCUUUGCAUGGGGCAAUCCAUCUCGGGAAAAGAUUCACGGACAUCCCGAUCAUUCUCCGGUCUUCUAUGCGUCAAGGGAGGAAGCUUAUGCUGCCGCUGUCGCAAAGGCUCGGGAGGCUCGCAGAACCGGCUCAGUGACACUGUACAAUCUGCGACAGCGAUACCUCGAGCAGUCUACUGCCAACAAAAAGCGUGGUGCUUGCAGAGUCGACGAGGGCUUGCCACGGAUGUAUCUCACUUGGAACUACGAAGGACGCAACCCGAGGAUUCGUGUCACAGCAACAAAAAACCGCGUUGACCAUGGUCGGAUCUUCGAAUUUCCAGGAUUCCCCGAUGAGGAGCUCGAGGGUGUCAUUUCAGAGGACGUCAUUCCUGAUGUCUCCGCAGGUGAUCUAUACGAGCCCGUCGAGAUGACAGCCGCCGAGUUUGCAGCUCUCGACAAAGGGUCCCAGGCUCGAUACCUGCUGUACCGGCCACCUCCAUUUGACUAUCCUGAGCAGGAUAUUACCGUCAAUCCAUACUUCCUGGGGCUAUGGCUUGGUGAUGGUAAUCGAAGGAAUACGACAAUCGCCAACAACCACGAAAAGGAGAUUCGCGAGUUCCUCGCCGCCUAUGCUGCUGAGCUCGAUCUGCACUUCGUUCACCACGGGAACCAUGCAAGUCUCACCUACGCAAUCGUCGGCAGGACUUCAGUUGGACAGCGUCCAAUGCCAGAGUCGACGGCACCCCAUCUGCACCAGAAUCAACGAGAUGAAAUGAUUCGUCGUCUAACCAUCCUUGGCCGACGACUUGACGCUGGCUGGAAGGUCCUCCCCAGCAAGGAUGGGAGUGGAACAUCCACCUGGCACGCUCCUAGUGAGAUCGUCGCCACGAAGAUCCAGAGCCUCCUUCACGAUGCGCAGCCCAUGCGCGCCGCCUACACGACUGUGAAGCGGCCUGGUAAUGCCAGCCCGGACCAGCCCAGGCGUCAGAGGCAUCGCAGCUCCAGUUUUAUUCCUGACUCGCAAGAAUUCGACUCGUCGCACAGUUUUUCAAGUCUUCCGAUCCGUCAAAACGUCGACGCAGCAUGGGAGCCUGAAGAGGAUAUCUACGGUGCCACUCCCGAGAGACAGGUUGCUGCCGAACCUGAGGCUAUUCCCAAUGCUCAGGCGCUCAGGAAGAAGAUUGUUGCAUUUUCUUCGGACAUCGAGUCUACACCGCCUCCACCAGCUGUGCAGGAUGAGAUUCGUGCGUCUCAGGUCAGCACGGCGUCGGGAGAUCCAGCAGUCAUUGAUCUCACUGGAAGCAGCCCGCCCCAACAGUCCGCCAUAGAUGAUCUACAGCAGCCAAUCGUGGACCUUACCCUUGACAGUUCCCAGUCACAGUCUCGCCAGGAAUCCCAGGGCUCCGAAUUCAUCCCUGAUGAUCCUCUUUCUGAACUCAUGUCGGAUCAAGAGUUUAUGUCUCAGAUUGGCGGUCCGGAUAUUCCAAUCGAUUCUGAGGAGGAGUCGCAGUUCAACCAAAUCGUUGACAUGAUCGGAUUUGACAUGGACGAGGCAGUGGAAUUGGACGACGUCCAAUCGGAGUCCGACUCUGAUUCUGAUGACAUCGAUGAGGAGAGCCAGGUUCAAGGCCCGCGACAAUGUCGACCACGCUCUGGUCGACGAGUCUACGGCGACCUCGAUCCUGAGGAAGAGGAUGUUAUCGCGGAGCAGAUAAUGCCUGCACAAGAGAAUCAGAGGCCCAACGUGAAUACGCUCCUCCGCCAAAUGGAUAGUCUGGGUUUGAUCUACAGGGGUCCAAAGGGUCCUGCCGGUGACACGAAGCACAUUCCCGAAGCGUACAUGAAAAAUUCGCGAGCUGUCCGCCUGGCUGUACUGGCAGGAUUGAUCGAUACCGACGGAAGCUAUUGGAUGAGCAGGAAGGGAAAUGGGUAUUUUGUGUUCGCUCAGAGCAAGAGGUGGCAUUCGAGGCUGUUUCAAGAUACUGUGAUGCUCGCGCGGUCUCUGGGCUUCACUGUCACGACACGAGAGUACAUGUCGAGACCAGACAACUUCGUCAAAACGUCGAACCCGAUGAUGUCAGCACGGAUCUACGGCGACCUGAAAGAGAUUCCCACGCUACUUCACCGCAAGAUCGCCCUGGAAAAUCUGCUCACGCCUGCUCGAAACCACCAGAUCAUAUCCAUCGAGCUCGAAGAGGAGGAGACUGAGUGGUUCGGCUUCCGCGUCGACAAAGAUCAGCUCUACCUGCGUCACGACCAUCUCGUGCUUCACAACAGCGGUUUCGAAGAGUCGAUGAAAUUCAAGAAGCUCACCAAUGCGCAACGGAGCGGUCUGAAUCAAAUUCCGAACAGACGAUUCACACUGUGGUGGUCUCCCACGAUUAACCGCGCUAAUGUGUAUGUGGGAUUUCAAGUGCAACUGGACUUGACGGGCAUCUUCCUACACGGCAAAAUCCCGACCCUCAAGAUCUCGCUCAUUCAGAUCUUCCGGGCUCAUUUGUGGCAGAAGAUCCAUGAGAGCGUCGUCAUGGACUUGUGCCAGGUUUUCGACACCGAACUGGAGUCGCUAGCGAUAGAAACUGUACAGAAGGAAACGAUUCAUCCUCGAAAGAGUUACAAGAUGAAUUCGAGCGCCUCUGACAUCCAGCUGUUCGCCAGUCACAAGUGGAACGUUACUCGACCCUCGAUGUUGUUCGACACAAAAGACGUCAUUGAGCCGCACACCACCAACAAGUUCUGGCUUGACGUUCAGUUACGCUACGGAGACUACGACUCGCACGACAUCGAACGCUACGUUCGUGCCAAGUACCUCGACUACACGACCGACAGCAUGAGUCUAUACCCGUCGGCGACAGGCUUGAUGAUUGGGAUCGAUCUCGCAUACAACCUCUACUCAGCGUACGGUCACUAUUUCCCAGGUUUGAAGAUGCUCAUUCAACAAGCCAUGGCCAAGAUCAUGAAAGCGAACCCUGCUCUUUAUGUUCUUCGUGAGCGUAUCCGAAAGGGCCUCCAGCUGUACGCCUCCGAGAGCAACCAGGAGUUUUUGAACUCGCAGAACUACUCCGAACUGUUCAGCAACCAGACCCAGCUGUUCAUUGACGACACCAACGUGUACCGUGUGACCAUCCACAAGACCUUUGAAGGCAACUUGACGACCAAACCGAUCAACGGAGCCAUCUUCAUCUUCAACCCGAGAACCGGCCAGUUGUUCUUGAAGAUCAUCCACACGAGCGUGUGGGCUGGACAGAAACGUCUCGGUCAGCUGGCGAAGUGGAAGACAGCUGAAGAAGUUGCUGCUCUUAUUCGAUCCCUCCCUGUGGAAGAGCAGCCGAAACAGCUCAUCGUCACUCGCAAAGGUCUUCUCGAUCCUUUGGAAGUGAACCUGCUUGACUUCCCCAACAUUUCCAUUCGGGCUUCCGAGUUGCAAUUGCCAUUCCAGGCUGCAAUGAAGGUCGAAAAGCUCGGCGACAUGAUCCUCAGAGCGACGGAGCCCCAGAUGGUGCUGUUCAACCUCUAUGAUGAGUGGCUCAAGAGCAUCUCAUCUUACACCGCCUUCUCACGUCUGAUCCUGAUUCUGCGCGCCUUGCAUGUCAAUAUGGACAAGACAAAGCUUGUCUUGCGCCCCGAUAAGACAGUCGUCACUCAAGAACAUCACAUCUGGCCAACUCUGUCGGAUGAAGACUGGAUCAAGGUCGAAACGCAACUAAGAGACCUGAUCUUGAACGACUACGGAAAGAAGAACAACGUCAACGUGUCCAGUUUGACAAGCAGCGAAGUUCGUGACAUCAUUCUUGGUAUGGAGAUUUCUGCUCCAUCACUGCAGAGACAGCAAGCUGCGGAAAUCGAGAAGCAGCAGCAAGAGCAGCAACAACUCACUGCUGUCACGACCAAGACGCAGAACGUUCACGGGGAAGAGAUUAUUGUCACGACGACGUCUCAGUUUGAACAGCAGACGUUUGCAUCCAAGACCGAGUGGCGCACUCGGGCCAUCGCCAGCUCAAACCUGCGUACUCGCGCCAACAACAUCUAUGUCUCCCCUGUGGACAAUGAUGCGGAGGAGAUCACUUACGUCAUGCCGAACAACAUCCUCAAGCGGUUCAUCCAGAUUGCGGAUCUGCGUGUGCAGGUGGCAGGGUAUCUGUACGGAUCCUCACCGCCAAAGUACGACCAGGUGAAGGAAAUCAAGUGUAUCGUCUUGGUCCCCCAGAUUGGUGGCCUCCGAAAUGUUCAGCUGCCCCACCAACUUCCUCAGCAUGAGUUGUUGAAGGACUUGGAGCCCCUCGGCUUGAUUCACACCAUGUCAGGCAACGAGCUGCCCUACAUGUCUGCAGCAGACGUCACGGAACACGCCAAAUUGCUCGACGCCCACGCCGAGAUGGGACAGGACAAGACGCUCACAGUGUCGGUGUCCUUCACGCCGGGCAGUGUCUCUCUUUCCGCAUGGGCACUCAGUCCUCAGGGCUAUAAGUGGGGCCUGGAGAACAAGGACCUGCAGAGCGACCAGCCGCAGGGCUUCACCACGACGAUGGGCGAGAAGCGCAAGCUGUUGCUGAGCCCGCGCUACAGAGGAUUCUUCCUGGUGCCCGAGACCAGCCAGUGGAACUACAGCUUCAUGGGCUCGGCGUUCGCCGGGCUGGAGAAGAAACCCGUCCGUGUCAAGCUCGACACCCCGCUGCCCUUCUACAGUGACGCGCACCGGCCGGUGCACUUCCAGAGCUUCGCAGAGCUUGAGGACAUUGGAGUGGACAGGAGCGACAACUUUGCAUAA